UAUUGCAUUCACAACAAUCACACUCUCACUCUUCUUUCUUUCUUUUCACUCAAAAGUCUCUGACUAAAGAACCUCUAUUCUUUUUCUUGCUUCAUUCUUUUUCUUUCAAAAUGUCCAAUCGUCGUUCAUCGUUUUCUUCCUCAACGACAUCAUCUAUGGCAAAACGACACCCUCCGGUUACCACCGCCGAGAACCACGCCGGAAAAGUUUUAGCCUCCGCCAAGAAACGUCCUCCUCUCACAAACCUCACCAAUCACAACGCUUCCCGUAACUCAUCAUCUCUGGUGACUAAAGUUGCAAAGACCAAGAAAGAACCUUCGCCAUGCACCUCUUCGAUUUCCGGCAACAAAAAACCUACUUUUUCCAAUGUUAAAUCAGCUACGGUUGUUUUUCCGAAGGCUAUUACUACUACUAGUACUAGUACUUCCACUUCCAGUUCUUUUUCCGAAACUGUUCUUCCAAUAGUUCCUACUACUUUCAAUGUUCCGGUUUCGAGUGCAAUGGAUUUAUCGUCCCCCGGAAAAUCAGACGGAAUGUCGGUUUCCAUGGACGAGACAAUGUCGUCUUGUGAUUCUUUCAAGAGUCCUGAUAUUGAGUAUGUGGAUAACAGUGAUGUUGCUGCGGUUGAUUCGAUUGAGAGGAAGACUUAUUGUAGUCUUAACAUUUCUGAUACUGAUUAUCCAAAAGGUAAUAUUUGUAGUAGAGACAUUCUUGUUGAGUUGGAAAAGGGGGAGAAAAUUGUUGAUAUUGAUGAUGAUCAUGUGGAUCCUCAGCUUUGUGCUUCUUUUGCUUGUGACAUCUACAAGCAUUUGCGUGCUUCUGAGGCAAAGAAAAGACCAUCCACAAACUUCAUGGAGAAGAUUCAGAAGGAUAUAAAUCCCAGCAUGCGUGCUAUAUUGAUUGACUGGCUAGUGGAGGUGGCUGAAGAGUAUAGACUUGUACCAGAUACAUUGUAUUUGACAGUAAACUACAUUGAUCGGUAUCUAUCUGGGAAUGCCAUGAACAGGCAACAAUUACAAUUACUUGGAGUUGCUUCUAUGAUGAUUGCAUCUAAAUAUGAGGAGAUUUGUGCACCUCAGGUGGAGGAAUUUUGUUACAUAACUGACAACACAUACUUCAAGGAAGAGGUUUUGCAGAUGGAAUCUACUGUCUUGAAUUUUUUGAAAUUUGAAAUGACUGCCCCAACAAUUAAAUGCUUUCUGAGAAGAUUUGUACGUGCAGCUCAAGGAAUUGAUGAGGUCCCUUCACUGCAACUAGAGUGUUUGACAAACUACAUUGCCGAAUUAUCCCUGUUGGAGUACAGUAUGCUUAGUUAUGCUCCAUCACUUAUAGCAGCAUCUUCAAUUUUCCUGGCAAAAUUUAUGCUAUUCCCUUCGACGAAACCAUGGAAUCCAACAUUGCAGCAUUACACUCAAUACCAGACAUCUGAUUUGUGUGCUUGUGUAAAAGAUCUCCAUCGUCUUUGUUGCAACAGCCCUAAUUCUAACUUGCCUGCAAUUAAGGAGAAAUACAAUCAGCACAAGUACAAGUAUGUGGCCAAGAAGCACUGCCCUUCAUCAAUACCUCAAGAGUUUUUCCAGAAUUGAGCUGAGUUGAAAUGUUGAACGUCCAAUUUCCAGUUGGAAAGCAGUAGAUCAACACAAAGGGCUUCUUGUAUCUGGUUUAAUUGAUAUGCCCCCAAAAUCUAAGAAGCUUCUUGUAUGGCUAGAAGAAACCAUUAUUAGCUACUGCUUCUUCAACACCAUUAAUGACUAGAAAAAAACAAUUUCUAAACAUCUUCCCAAUAAGGGCUAGCUAGAUGUAGUGUAGAUGACAAAUUUAGUUGCAAGAGUAAGCAUGACACUCCCGGUUUAUGUAGUGUAUUGUCAUUACUAGUUCAUGUAAUCUCUCUAACCUUUAAGGUUUUUAAAAAAACACAAUAAUUAAAUCCAA